GUCAUGGUUGGCCAGCUCCAAGGCAGAAGGGCAUGGGAUUUUGGCCUGAUGGGAGAAUAGCUGCUCACCCCAAGUCUUCCAGGAGCAGAGAGAGCAGGAAGGGAGAUGUAAUCCGCCCUGUCAUACCCACAGUGACCCACCUCUUCCCACAGGCCCCGCUCCUAAGGGCAAGUCGGCUAUAAGCGCCUGUGACCCAGUCAUGUUCCAAAGGUCCUCCUGAGGCCCGCCAUGCCUCUUGCAGGAGCUCCAGGAACCAGGCUGUGAAGGUCUUCUUGUGAGGCAGUGUGCUUGCGUUGCACAACAGAGGCCGCUCAGGAGGUACCAGGAGCCAAGGUGAGGCAUCUGAGUCCUCAUCGCCAAGCUCUCGCUGUCCGCAGGGAACGUCAGAACAUACUCCUGCUGGGAGGAGUCACCACAGCAGGCUAGGGGAAGCUGUCUGCCAUGGCAUCCGGGCAAAUGAGCCAAUCCAGUCAGGGCUCCAGCAGGGCACAGGAGGAGCAUCCAUCCACCUCUCAGGACCAGGCAGGUCCUCAGUCCCUGCCCCUUGAGGUCCUGCAUGAGAAAAUAGAUGAAUUGGUGGAUUUUCUGCUCCACAAGUAUAGUAAUAAGGAGAUGACCACCAGGGAAGAAAUCCUGCACUGUGUCAUAAAGGAUUACCAGGAGCACUUCCCUCUGAUCUUUACAAAAGUCUCUGAUUGCAUGUACAUGGUGUUUGGCAUUGAUGUGAAGGAAGUGGAUCCCCCUGGGCACAUAUAUUCCCUUAACCCUGUCCUGGGUCUCACCUAUAACACGAUAGUGGGUGAUGACCACAGCAUUGCCAAAACCAGCCUCUUGAUUAUGAUUAUCACUAUCAUCUUCCAGAAUGCCAACCGUGCCAGUGAGGAGGUUGUCUGGCUUGCACUUAAUGGAAUGCAGGUGUAUGAUGGGAGGGAGCACUUAAUCUAUCGGGAGCCCAGGAAAUUCAUCACCGAGGAGCUGGUAGAGCAAGGGUAUCUAGAGUAUCGCCAGGUGCCUGAUAGUGAUCCUGCUCGCUAUGAGUUCCUGUGGGGUCCAAGGACCCACGCUGAAACCACCAAGAUGAAAGUCCUGGAGCAUUUGGCCAAGGUCAAUAAGAGAGAUCCCAGGUCCUACCCACGUCUAUAUGAAGAGGCUGUCAGAGACCAGCAACAGGCAGCCCAAGUACGACAUGUGGGCCAUUGAGGGGCAAGGUGCAGGCCAGGGACACAGCAUGUUCAGAAGCCAUGUCACUAGCUUAGCUCCUGCCCAUGUGAAAUGAUACCAAUCCUUCAGUCUGUGUUUGAGGAGACCAGCAAGCUAGCCUGUUUUCUUUAUAAUGUUGAAAUCUUCUUCCGUUUUUGCAAGAUUGAAGUAGAUUGCAAAUUUUACUUGAAAAUGAUACUGAUCUCAAAUAUAUAUUUAGGUUUGUAAUAUUGAUAGUUCAAUGUGAUUUCUGAUGUGAACAUGAUGUUGCUUACAUAGGAAUGUUUCUUUUCUGUUGCUAGUGUGAAAGUCUUUGCUUUUUGUCAAACCAACUAGGAAACCUUUAAUAUUACUUGUGAUAAAAUGGGAGUGGAAUAGAAAUAUCCUUAGAAAUGUGUAAGAAGUUUACAUCAAGUUACUUGGAGUCCAGAAAUAGACACGAGGAUAAAAAUCAGUUCUCGGCUUUUAUU